AUGGCAACAAUCGAUAUACAACCUUAGACUCAAUUCUUUGGUAACAAUUAUUGGAAAAAAUUGAGAUAAGUAAAGUUUGACAAGAAAGAAGAAGAAUCAAUCAUUGAAAAAGUUGUAAUAGGAAAAGAUAAAUGUGAUUAUAAUUAACAAUUUUAACAUUAGAAAAGUGUAGUUUGUGCUAAAUAUUGUAAAUCUAAAGAAAUUUUGGCAACAACUAGCUUAGAUAAAAUUGUGAGGAUUUUUUCAAUAGAUGGUUAAUUAAAGCAUCAAUUCGAGAAUCUAUUAGACUUUGAUAAGACUCUGUCUUUUAACUAAAAUGGAAAGUUUUUAGCUUCUGCAGGUGCAUAUGAUAAAAUAAUAAGAAUUUGGAAUAUUGAUAGUUAAUAACUAUAAUUCGAACUUAAAGGCCUCAAUAGCAAAAUUUAAAAAAUCAUUUACUUUAAUAAUAGGGAUGAUAGAUUAAUCUCAAUUACGUAAAAUAACCUAAUUUAGAUUUGGGACAUAGAAUCUCAAACUAUAUUAAAAACUUUGACAGGACAACAAAAUUUGAUAACAUCAAUUUAAAUAUCUAAUGACGAUUUUCGUUGUGUAACAGGUUCUUUAGAUGGUACUAUAAUUGAAUGGGAUUUACAGAAUUAUAAAUUAAUUAAAUAAUGGAAAGGACAUUAAAAGGGAUGUUUGGCAUUGAAAUAUGCAAAUGGAGGACAUACUCUAAUAAGUGGUGGUGCAGAUAAAAAAAUAAAAUUGUGGAAUAUGGAUAAAUAUAAACUAUUCAAAUAAUUUAAUGGUCAUAGUAAUUCUAUAUAUGCAAUUGAAGUUGAAAAGGAUACUGUAAUCAGUUGCUAAUUUAAUUAAACUUUAAUUUGGGAUAUGAAAACCUUAAAAAUAAAUCAAUAGAUACCAAGUACUUAAUUGGAUUAUUGUUUUGUUGAAAUUAUGAAAGAUUCAUUUGUAAUAGGAUAGAAUGGUAAUGGGAUCAAAGUUUGUAAUUUUUGA